AUGGAAAGCCAAAUACUAAAUGCUAUCGAAAUAGCAUUAGAUGGGUCUGCGGACCAAAAGUUACAAGUGCAAGCGUAUGAGUUUCUCAACGAAGUUAAAGGAUCGAAAAGUGGUUAUGACACAGCGCUCAAGCUUCUUUCCUCGUCGCCAUCAAAUACGUUGAUCAGCCAGCUCAAGUUCUUUCUAUACCAAGUGCUUGAAGAAAAUGCAGAAAAUCUUGACCCUGAGGACUGUCUUCAGCUAUGCCAAACGCUUUUCAAGAUGCUUUCGGAGUUUAUUGUAAACGAUCUCAAGGACGAGGCAUUCUUGAGAAAUAAGCUAGCCCAGGUAUUUGCCAAGGUUUUUACACAAGUGUAUAUAUCAACUGUUCCUGAUUUCUUGACAAACUUACUAGCGACCACACAAACGAACUCCCAGUUGGCUUUGGAUUAUUAUACUAGAAUUUUGAUGAGUAUCCAUAUGGAGAUUGGAGACAAGUAUAUUGCACGUUCACCAGCUCUCUCUGAACGCAACAUGACAUUGAAAGAUGCCAUUAGAAGCAGGGAUAUGUCAGCUUUGGUCACAAGCUGGUUCAACAUUUUAGAAAACACCAAUAACUUGGACGAGGUUCUUGACAAUACAUUAAAUAUCAUUGCACAAUAUGUCGACUGGAUGGAAAUUGGCCUAUUUGUUUCUCCACAGUCCAUCAAUACGAUCAUUGGAUACCUUAGUCGAGAAAAUGAGCGUAAUUCGACAUGCGAAACUUUGAUCCAUAUAUUGUUGAAAAAGAUGCCAGCUCAAAAUAAAUUGGAGCUUGUGAGUCUACUAAAUUUGACCAAUGUGAUAUCGUCUAUUGAUUUGUCAGAUGACCUCGAGUUUGUUGAGCGCAUUGCAAAAUUGGCAAAUCAAAUUGGAGAGGAACUUUUGAUUGUGUUGGGAAACCAGCCAAGCUUAUUGGAUCAGGUAAAUGAACAGUUACUCAAGUUGUGGCCAAUCGUGCUAACAUUCCUUGGUCACGAGUACGACGACGUCUCACAAAGCGUAUUCCCAUUUAUUCAACAAUUCUUGGGCGCUUGUAAAAAACACUCGCAAUUGUAUUCGGUUGAGCUUUUAUCAACUUUAUUGAACAAGACUAUUAGCAAGAUGGAGUAUGAUGAAGAAGACGAUGACUCUGAUGAGGAAACAGAACGCCAAUUUGCCGAGUUUAGAGCACGGCUAAAGCUCUUCCAAGAUGGUAUUGCAUCAUUAGUACCAGACUUGUACAUAGAAGCAGUCCCUAUUAUUAUAAACCAGUCUUUAUUUGAAGGUGACAAGCCUUGGAACAAAUUGGAGUUGGGUAUGUUUGAGCUUAGCAAUUUCUCGGAAAGCUUGAAGAAUAAUGUUAUCAAUGCGCCAAAAGCCAAGAUUAGCGAAAGCAAGCCAUACUUGAUGUUUCAAGAGUUUUUGGUGAAACUCAUCAACUCUCCUUUCAUCAUCAAAGUGAACCACCCUUUGAUCCAAUCUAGCUUUUUUGAGCUAGUUGUCAAACAUUACAGCUUUUUAAACUCGCACGAGAAUAGAAAGGAACUUGUUUUCAAGAUUAUUGAGAUUUUCACCAGUCCAUUGGGAUUACUCAACAGCAACGAUAAACCCAAAAUGGACAAUGAGGCUUUGAUUGAGGAUAUAGUAUUGAAAAUGCAACCUUUGUUGGUAAUUAAAGCGGAAUUGCCCACGCGCGAUGAGGACGAUGACGUGGUGGAAAAUGGUAAUUUUAACAACCAACAGUACUUGUUUGAAACCAUGGGUCUUCUCAUUUCCUUGAUCCCCAACGAAUAUGUCUCGCUCAAGGUCAAACUUGUGCAAGCCAUGUUCCAGCCAAUCUUUAACGACUUGGAAAAAUGUAUUUCCAUUGCCAACAAAGAACCCAUCAUUGUACUCCAGGCCCACCAUUCACUUAUGGCAUUGGGCACAAUUGUUCGUGGCUAUGAUUACGAAACAAACUUGAAGUUUCCACCCGAAGUGGUUGAAAAGGUUGAUAAUGCUGCACAAGUUGUUUUGAUUACCUUGGAAAACUUUUCGAAAUCGGAGAGCGUUAGGGAUGCAUCUAGAUUUGCGUUUGCUCGCUUCAUUCCAAUUUUGAAUAGCACAAUCAUUAGUGGCCACUUGACCAAAUUGAUCACCAUCAUCUGGUCAGCGCCUAAUUUGAAGAUUAGUGAGAUCAGCGACUUUUUAAGUUUCCUUGGCCAAAUUGCGCAUACCUAUAGGACCGAUGAGAACAUUUAUCAGUUGCUAAACAAUUUUCUCUCUCCUCUCUUCAAGAAAGUUUUUGAAGUAUUGGACCUGCCAGUUACAGAAGAUGAGAGCUUGAGACCAGAUAUUAGUCGAGAUAAGAAUUUCCUCAAGAAAGCUAUCUUGAAUUUCAUCAAUGCCAUUAUCAUCAACCACUUGCCUAGUUUGUUGGUCACAGAGAGCAAUAAGAAUGAGCUUGCCACGGUUGUGUCCAAGUUAUUUGAAUACGCAUAUGACAUAUCGGACACAGCGGUGUCCAAGUUGGCGAUUGUUCAAUUGAUCAAUCUAGUCAAUGUUUUUGGCCAAGAAGGCAAAAUCUCAGAUGAGCAAGAUAAAUAUGGUCAGAGUCUUCCUCCAGUGGAAGGAAUUGAUAAUUUCUUGAUGGAAAAAGUAGUCAACCUCUCCUUUGAAUUGCCAUUUCGCAAACAAGAGUUUGUUCUUGGCGAUGCUCAGUAUAGACUCAUUGCACAAGAUAUCGCUCUUUUGCUUAAAACUUUUCAACAAAAGAAGGGAGAGCAAUUUGUUGAAUACCUUUCGGUUUAUUUAACUAAUAUGGGACUUGGCCAGGACAUGACCAAUGAUUUCUGCAGCAACUUGAUCAAUUUAGACUUAAAGGAUUACAAAAAGUAUUUUGUCACAUUUGUCAGUCAAAUGAAAGGUGAAAAAUAG